AUGAGGCACGAUGUCAACCUAGGAAGGGCUGUCUUCUGGGACCUCAAGAACCGCCUCCCGCGAUCCAUCACUACCAUUGAGUGGGAUGACAGCUUCACUAGCGUCUACAGUCGGGAUAACCCCAACCUCCUCUUCUCCAUGUGCGGCUUCGAAGUUCGCAUUCUCCCCAAGAUUCGGAAUCAGAACGAUGAGUUCCCUGUCAAGGACAGCGUGUGGUCGCUUGUCGACAAUACCACGAAGGAGCGAACAGCGCACGCCUUCCUCCAGGUGACUGAAGAUGAUAUCCAGAAGUUCAACAACCGCAUUCGUCAGAUUCUCAUGUCUUCUGGUUCCACUACAUUCACCAAGAUCGCCAACAAGUGGAACACGGCCUUGAUCGCUCUUUUUACCUACUACCGCGAAGCUGCAGUCUCAACCAUUGAGCUACUAGACACCAUUGUUAAGUGUGAGACGAAGAUUCAGACUCGUGUCAAGAUUGGCCUGAAUUCCAAGAUGCCGUCUCGAUUCCCACCUGCGGUGUUCUACACCCCCAAGGAACUGGGUGGUUUGGGAAUGAUCUCUGGUUCUCACAUCCUCAUUCCCGCGAGUGACAAGCGGUGGUCCAAGCAAACGGACACAGGAGUUACGCACUACCGGUCUGGUAUGACCCAUGACGAAGAGACUCUCAUUCCCAACAUUUUCCGAUAUAUUAUUCCUUGGGAAGCCGAGUUCAUCGACUCGCAGCGCGUCUGGACCGAAUACUCGCAGAAGCGCAUGGAAGCCAACCAACAGAACCGUCGCCUGACGCUCGAGGACCUCGAGGACAGCUGGGACCGCGGUCUGCCUCGCAUCAACACACUCUUUCAAAAGGAUCGCAGCACGCUGAGCUUUGACAAGGGCUUCCGCGCUCGUGCUGAGUUCAAGAUUUACCAACUCAUGAAGAACAACCCAUUCUGGUGGACGAGUCAGCGUCACGACGGCAAGCUCUGGAACCUCAACGCCUACCGUACUGACGUCAUCCAAGCACUUGGUGGUGUUGAGACCAUUCUUGAGCACACGCUUUUCAAAGCCACGGGAUUCCCGUCCUGGGAAGGCCUCUUCUGGGAGAAGGCGUGCUUGGCCAAGGGAACAAUGCUUCUGCGAUACGACAGCACCAAGGUUGCGGUUGAAGACGUCAAAGAGGGCGACUUGCUGCUGGGACCUGACGGCGGCCCGCGACCAAGGAGGAUCUUGUCGUAA